AUGUCCCAAGAGAGACUGAACAGCCUUGCAAUACUCUCCAUAGAAAGUCAGUUGGCCAAAAACCUGGACUUUAAAGACCUGAUCAGAAACUUUGCAAAUGCAAAGACCCCUAGAGGGAAAUACUGUAAGUACAUAUACACCAACACCUACGCCAACACUAACACUUACACAAACACAAACAACUACACCAACAACUACACCAACACAAACAACUACGCCAACACAAACAACUACACUAACACUUACACAAACACAAACAACUACACCAACACCUACACCAACACUUACACUAACACUUACACAAACACAAACAACUACACUAACACUUACACCAACAACUACACCAACACAAACACUUACACCAACACCUACACCAACACCUACACCAACACUAACACUUACACAAACACAAACAACUACACUAACACUUACACCAACAACUACACCAACACAAACAACUACACUAACACUUACACUUACACCAACACAAACAACUACACCAACACAAACAACUACACCAACACUUACACCAACACAAACAACUACACCAACACAAACAACUACACCAACACUUACACCAACACAAACAACUACACAAACAACUACACAAACACAAACAACUACACCAACACUUACACCAACACAAACAACUACACCAACACAAACAACUACACCAACACUUACACCAACACAAACAACUACACCAACACAAACAACUACACCAACACUUACACCAACACAAACAACUACACAAACAACUACACAAACACAAACAACUACACCAACACUUACACCAACACAAACAACUACACCAACACAAACAACUACAACUACACAAACACAAACAACUACACCAACACAAACACAAACAACUACACCAACACUUACACCAACACAAACAACUACACCAACACAAACAACUACAACUACACAAACACAAACAACUACACAAACACAAACAACUACACCAACACUUACACCAACACAAACACCUACACCAACACUUACACCAACACAAACAACUACACCAACACAAACAACUACACUAACACUUACACCAACACAAACAACUACACCAACACUUACACCAACACAAACAACUACACCAACACUUACACAAACAACUACACCAACACAAACAACUACAACUACACAAACAACUACACAAACACAAACAACUACACCAACACUUACACCAACACAAACACCUACACCAACACUUACACCAACACAAACAACUACACCAACACAAACAACUACACCAACACUUACACCAACACAAACAACUACACCAACACAAACAACUACACUAACACUUACACCAACACAAACAACUACACCAACACUUACACCAACACAAACAACUACACAAACAACUACACCAACACAAACAACUACAACUACACAAACACAAACAACUACACCAACACUUACACCAACACAAACAACUACACCAACACAAACAACUACACCAACACUUACACCAACACAAACAACUACACCAACACAAACAACUACACCAACACUUACACAAACACAAACAACUACACCAACACAAACAACUACACCAACACUUACACCAACACAAACAACUACACCAACACUUACACCAACAGAAAACAACUACACCAACACUUACACAAACACAAACAACUACACCAACACAAACAACUACACAAACACAAACAACUACACAAACACAAACAACUACACCAACACAAACAACUACACUAA